AUUCUACUUCUACUUCUAUUUCUAUUUCGACUUCUACUGCUACUUUUGCUUCUAUUCCUAUUUCUGCUUUCAUCUCUCCUUCUACUACGACUUCUCUUCUACUUCUUUUCUAUUUUUUCAACCGAGAAUUGUCCACGAAUAAAGACCUCUCAAUACCACUCACAUCUACAAGUCAAGAAGAAAGACCAAGAUGGACCUCAGAAACCUUGACCGCCACCUACCCUUCGGAACCUCACCCUCCUCCCCAUCAACAGCUCUAAAUCUCGCAUUCACCACUUUCCUCCUCUCAAACAUCUUAGCUUGGUUCUUUAUGAUAAUCAUCCAAUAUAUCCUCUUUAAAGCUCUAUAUCAACAUAGACAGCAGAAUCCACCUCAGAAUCAGCAUCAGCACUCGUAUCACAAAUCCCCCAAUCGAACUUAUACAUCUACAUCCUCACAACCAUACAUCCGGGGUCCUUCUACUGGAGAGACCUAUUUAUUUAUAGGGGGACUAUGGAUGAUAUAUGGAUUUGUUGACGCGAUUCUCACAUUCUUUUUGGAUACUGUUAUCUAUAUUAUCACGAGUCGAGAAACCGGAUUAGCAUAUACAAACCAAAGGAAUAAAGUAUACAACAUGCGGUACUGGGCUGGAGGAGUAGAAAACGGAAUGUUGGGGUAUGGAAGAUUAUUUGUGCUAGAGGUGAUAACUACUUGGUUCUUAUCUCAGAUUUUCAUCUUGGUUUCUGAUGUGUUGAUUCCGUUGUAUCAGGAGCUACAAAGGGAUCAUAGGAUUGUAGUUGCGAGGAUGCAGAGUCGUGUGUGGGAAUUGGAACAAUUUGUUCGGAUGAUGGAUUGGAAGAGUGAUUGUGAUUCGGAGUUUAUGUUGAGGGAUAAAGAGGAGGAGAGAAAGGGAAGUGGAAGUGGAGACGAAGGCGGAAAUGGAAAUCAAGAACAAAUAAUCGAGUUAUCUCGUCAGAGAAGCGAGAGUUUGGAAAAUGGUGAUAAUGAGAGGAAAUUAGAUUGGAGGUUAGUGAUUGAUGAGGAUGCGUUGAAUGAGAUGAAGGAAAUGCUGGGGCCUCCGGGUGGUUUCGGGGAGUUGGGGUUUAGUGUUGCGAGGGAUAGGGUUUGUCUGGGGGCUGUUAGUAGGGGGUCGAGUUUUAUGGUUACGUUUGGGUUGGAGGGAUGUGAGGAUCAGAUGAGGGAGGGAGGUGGAAGGGAUAGGAAGGAUAGUAGGGAUGGGAGGGGGAUAAGAGAUGGAAGAAGAGGGGUUGAUAUCCCUCGAAAAUCUGUAUCGCGAGGCGAAAAAGACGUGCGAAGUUAUACCCAAAGAAAGAAUCAAACUUGAUCUUUAGAAUUAUUUAUUAUGUUAGAUUUCCUUUGUUCGAGAAAUGAAUAUAAAAUUAUAAUUAUAUCAUAUCUAUAUUUGAAUUUGAAUUUAAAAGAUUUUCUUAUAUUAUAUAAUAAGUGAACUUUAAAACUAAUUAAAAAUAU